AUGACUUAUCCUGGAGCCGCUCCGCCGCCACCGGGCUUCACGCCUGAUCUCGACAACCCGGAUAGUAUGCUGCGGACAGUCAACUAUGCUACACAGUCAUUGACGUUGCUGUUUACGACGCUCUUCAUCGUCACCCGCUUCUACGCCAAAUGGAAGGUUCUCGGCGGAGGCGUCACCAUGGAUGACUAUGCCACGUAUUCAGCAUAUAUCCUUAUGAUUGGGUACUGCAUCACGUCCUACUUUGCUUCGGCACAUGGCGGCGGUCUAAACCAGUGGGAAGUUCGCAAAGAUGAUAUCCAGCCCUUCUUUCAGUCUUGCUAUGCGGCGACUUUAUUCUACGCGCCCAUGGCCCUAACGGUCAAACUAGCACUCCUCGUCAUCAUCAUCAGGGUCUUUGGCUCCGUACACAAAAAGACGUUGAUCGGUGUCUACGUCUUGGUCGCCCUGCUCGUCAUCUACUAUGUAUCCGGCUUCUUUAUCAAGCUCUUCAUCUGCUGGCCCAUCUCCGCAUACUGGAAAGGCGAGACAGAAAAGUGCAUGAACCAAAGCGCCAUUGUCGCCUCCGACGCCAUCAUCAGUGUCAUCAGCGAUUUGACAAUCCUCCUUCUCCCACUCCCUCUUACAUGGUCACUGCAGCUGCCAAAGAGAAAGAGACUCCGUGUCUGUGGCCUUCUCUGUGCUGGUGGCAUCGCCACAGCUUUCAGUAUCUAUCGUCUUGCAAUGAUUGUUCACGAACGCGAGAGCACCAACCAGACCAUUGUGUUUAUGAAGGUCAUCCUUUCUGGCAAUGCUGAGGCUGGAAUCGGUCUCAUCUGCGCCUGUCUACCCGCCGUCAACGCCCUCUACGUCCAACAAACUCGAGGCUCAUCCUACUUCAAACACGGCGAUUCCAACCAACAGAGCCAGAAGCGAAGUCAAUCACAAGGCGGCGAGAUCAUGAUGACGAGAACCUUCCACGUCGACAGCUCCUCUGCGCACUACGACUCUCAAAGCGUUGGAAACGAUGAGUCGGCACUGGUCGCCAAGGAGCAGCAAGUUUCUCUAAGCCACAAGUCUAGUCAGGGAUCCGACUCCAUGUGCUAA